CAAAGACGUCGAAUAAAUGAGACCCAAUUGGAAGCACUUCCAGUAAAAUAUGCGGCUCAACCAAAAACAACAACAGCCAUGUCUCACUCCCUUCAGCCAGCCGCAUUUCCAACACACCCUCACAGCCCAAACAAUCAGCCAAGCACUCUAAUUUCCCUCAAGUUGACGAUCAUAGAUAAGCUCAAGAUUACGCGUACGCCAAAUUCUCAACUCAGCAGAUCGGUAGUCUUGGCGUUUGCUCUUUGACCAUUGGCAAUAUCUUGGGUGUUACUCCCUUGAUGACACCUCCUCUUUGUU